AUGAGCACACAUGUAGUGGUCUACCUUACAACAAGCAGUGUAACCGCCUCUGAUGCCGUUGUCCUUGUGUUGACAUGGAUCAAGUCAUUUGCGCACUGGCGGGAGAUGCGGAGACUCAAACUUGCUUCGUCUAUUUCUGAUGUGCUGCUUAGAGACGGUACCCUUUAUUUUCUCGCGCUUCUAGGCAUAAAUGUUCUACAGCUCUCUACCUACUCGACUAAUCUCGUAUUAGAAGGCACCUAUGUAAGCUACUUUGUCCAAUACUUGCCACCGCUGUUGGUGCAGCGUUUCAUCCUUGACCUCCGCCAGCUCAACCACACCACCGAGGCCAAUAGAAAUAACUCUGACAUGCAGCACUUUUCCCGCUUCUCUGUGAGCUUCAGAGUACCCUCUGGCUCCCUCGAGAGUAUUGGCCAGGCUUCCUACCACGGCCAGUCAGAGCAAGUUGAAGAAGACGGUAACGACGAUCACUGCGUAGGGGAAGGGCCACAAGACGGGCUUGAAGAGGGUCUCGCACCGCAUGUGAGCCUGACGGCUACACUUCGGGAGGAAUCCGCAGGAGCCGACGUUGUCCUGGUAUUGCAGCACACCGGACGUGCGAGUAAAGAGGACGACGUCGGGUCAUCAUCCGCUCCUUCGCGCGCGAUGGUGAUUAGACGGUCUACGGCUGCAGGUUAA